UGUUAAGGCGGGGCUUAGAGGUGGGCUUGAGAGGCGGUUAGAGUCGAGUAGCUGGUAGAACGUUCGCGGCCUGGGUCACGUGGCGCGCAGUCCCGGCACAGAAGAGCUUUGGAUAAUCGAGAGUGAAAAGUCGGUGUUCCCGAAGGUUUCUCUGUGCAUGUACAGAGUGCGUUUGGUUCACAUUUCCGGCUCCAACUCGUGCAAUUCGUGAUCAGUGUCUGUAAGGAAAAGAGAGUGCCGUUCUCCACCGGGCUCAGAAAGAUGCAUCUACCGUGGUUUAUGGCCUUUACCCUCUUAGGGUUGGCUAUCUGUGUGCCCAUCGAACGGCCCAAAGAGAAACAAGAGGCUGCCCCAGAACCACCAGAUACAGGCUUGUAUUAUCACCGCUACCUCCAAGAAGUCAUCAAUGUGUUGGAAACAGAUGGGCAUUUCCGGGAAAAGCUGCAAGCAGCCAAUGCCGAGGACAUCAAGAGUGGAAAACUUAGCAAAGAGCUGGACUUUGUGGGUCACAGUGUCCGCACUAAGUUAGAUGAACUGAAGAGACAGGAGGUGUCCCGGCUCCGGAUGCUCCUGAAAGCCAAAAUGGAUGCCACGAUGGAACAAGAUGUCCAGGUAGAUCACCUGGCUUUAUUGAAGCAGUUUGAACAUCUGGACUCGCAAAACCAACACACAUUUGAAGCCCGAGAUUUGGAGCUGCUCAUUAAAGCCGCUACCAAGGACCUGGAGAAUUACGAUGCAGCUCACCAUGAAGAAUUCAAACGGUAUGAGAUGAUGAAGGAGCAUGAGCGUCGGGAAUAUUUGAAGUCUCUGGAUGAGGAGAAGCGUCGUGAGGAAGAAGCACAUUUUGAAGAGCUCAAGAAGAAGCACAAGGAGCACCCCAAAGUCAAUGUCCCGGGCAGCCGUGAUCAGCUCAAAGAAGUCUGGCAGGAAACGGAUGGUUUGGACCCCAAUGAAUUUAACCCCAAGACGUUCUUCAAGCUUCAUGACACCAAUGGUGAUGGGGUGCUGGAUGAGCAGGAAUUGGAGGCACUUUUCACUAAGGAGCUGGAGAAGGUUUAUGAUCCCCGAAAUGAGGAGGAUGAUAUGUUGGAAAUGGAGGAAGAACGGCUGCGCAUGCGGGAACAUGUCAUGAAGAAUGUGGAUCUUAAUAAGGAUCGGCUGGUGACUCUGGAUGAGUUUGUUAAAUCGACUCAGAGGAAGGACUUCAAUGAAGCUGAUGGAUGGGAGACAGUAGAAGAAACACAGAUCUACUCAGAGGCGGAGCUCCAGCGAUUUGAGGCGGAGCUUAAAGCUCAGGAGGAGGAGUUAAGCCGACGAGCUGAGCAACUUCACCAGGAGCACAAAGAGCUCCAGCAGCGGCAGGUGGAACUUGAUGCUCAGAAGAAGGAGUAUCAACAGGUUAUGCUUCAAAUGGAACAGAGAAAAUCUCAACAACUUGAUCAAGUCUCCCAGGUUGGUCCUGGGGGAGAACUGAAGUUCCAGGCACAGCCGCCUCAUGCAGCCCCAGCAGAUCAUGCUUCUCCUCCUGGGUCCCAGCCAGGAGCCGCCGGAGCACCAGAGCAUGAUUCUCAGAAAGACCAAACAGAAGCUAUUCAAAACCAAGCACCCCGAAAGAUUGCUGUCCAAUAGAACACGGUUAUGGUGUGCACCGAGGGGGUCCUGUAUAUUCUUCUUUUCUCAUUGUCAGGGCAUCUAAAUCAAACUUCACCCUAGGACUGUGGAGGAGGGACCAUGCAAGGCAAUGUUUACAAGAGGAGAAUGCUUACUAAUUGUCCUCUGCACCCAAUCCUCCAUUUAUUCCAAGCAAGCAAAUAUUUUUACCAAACCAAUGACUCUCUUGGGGAUACCUUAACAAAGGGAAAUAAUUAAGCGAAGAAAUAGGAAUGGCUUUGCCGUUCAAAAAGUUGGGGCAGGCAAAGGAGAAGGAAGUAAAGGUUAGACAUCCUGACAUUCUCGGGUAAUUUUAUCCUACAAUUUCAGAAAUGUUUAUGGGUAAAUAAAAGGGAAAAUAAGGGAAUGAGUAUAAUGCCUCAUAAAUAGAGUAUUGUGCUUUGCCCUCUUUCCUCUUUAUCCACAGUUGGUUCCCAGAAGUUCAGUGUUGAGAGCUGCUGGGUUUUGUUUUAAAACAGUUUGGUUUCCUUUUAUUUAAUAAAUCGAACCCCUUGAA